CCAAUCCUGAAUUGAAACAGAAGCGCACAGCAGAGCAACUAGAUCAUUUCCACUCACCGAAGGCUGCUUAGCUGCCUUUUACGCACACAUAUCUUAGGAAAAGACGUCCACGCACACGGGUUUAACCAUGAUUAAGAAGAUGUCGCCCUCCGAGAGCGACUUUAAUAUCCCUGCAAAGAACUGCUACAGGAUGGUGAUUUUGGGAUCCACUAAAGUUGGAAAAACGGCCAUCGUAUCCCGGUUCCUGAACGGGAGGUUCGACGAACAGUACACGCCGACUAUCGAGGACUUUCACAGGAAACUGUACAGCAUCAAGGGAGACGUUUACCAGCUAGACAUACUGGAUACUUCAGGGAACCACCCGUUCCCCGCCAUGAGGAGACUAUCUAUCCUGACAGGUGACGUGUUCAUCCUCGUUUUCAGCCUGGACAACCGAGACUCCUUCCACGAAGUGCAGCGGCUCAAGCGGCAGAUCUACGAGACCAAGUCGUGCCUGAAAAAUAAAAUCAAAGAGAACAUCGACGUGCCUCUGGUCAUCUGCGGGAACAAGGGCGACAGAGAGUUUUACCGGGAGGUGCAGCAAGAGGAGAUCGAGCAGCUGGUGGCCGGGGACGAGAAGUGUGCGUACUUCGAGAUCUCCGCCAAGCGCAACGAGAACGUGGAUAAGAUGUUUCAGACUCUGUUCACCUUGGCCAAACUACCUCACGAAAUGAGCCCUGACCUUCAUCGGAAAGUGUCCGUACAGUACUGCGACAUGCUGCACAGAAAGUCUCUGAAAAACAAGAAACUGAAGGACACUGGGGAAGCAUACGGUGUGGUCACUCCAUGCGCCCGGAGACCCAGCGUGCACAGCGACCUCAUGUACAUCAAGGAGAAGGCAAUCGGAGGCGGCCAGGGCAAAGACAAAGAGAGAUGUGUGAUCAGCUAAGUAGAAUACGAGGCAGAUACUCGACACAAACCUUUGAAAGCAGAGGGAGCCUGGUGCGUCAGCUUGAGAAGCUGACAUGGGAGGCGAGGAGACGCCCGGCGCAGCGCCGCUUCCGAGGACACCGACUGGACACCCGAGUCCGCUUAAACCGCCAAAAACAAACACUGCCCACAAGACAUUUGAGAGUGUUAUCUUGUUCUGUAAAUCAGGCCCAAUGUGUGACGUGGCUUCAUACCUUGUAAGACUCCCACAUCGAUGAGUAAAAUGUGUUUUGUUGACGCCGUGCCCCUUACAGAUGCCAGAGGGGGGAGGAAAGAGACUCGGCUCAGGAGGUGCAAUGCUGGGGGGAAAUCCCGUUGUUUGCAUCUUAUUGUAAAUUUUAUAUAGGUACGUUUGAAUGUUUUGUUGCGAUCGGAACUAUUUUUAUUGUGAAUGUAUAUUGUCUGUUACUUUUGCAAAGAAGUCGAAGAAAAUAUUAAAAUAAUUUAAA